GCGCGGCGGCGGCGAUGGGCGGCGGGGCGCGGGAGCUGGCCGGGUACCUGGCGGCCCUGGCCGGCUGGGUGGCGGGGCUGGCGGCGGCCGUGCUGCCGCAGUGGCGGCAGAGCUCGUACGCCGGGGACGCCAUCAUCACGGCCGUGGGGCUCCACGAGGGGCUGUGGAUGAGUUGCGCCGCCCAGAGCACCGGGCAGGUGCAGUGCCGCCUGCACGACUCGCUGCUCUCUCUCGAAGUUCACAUCCAGACAUGCCGGGCUCUCAUGGUCAUUUCUCUCCUCCUGGGCUUCUUUGGCAUCAUCGUGAGCGUGGUGGGCAUGAAAUGCACUAAAGUUGGGGAGGAGGAUCCUGUCACCAAAAGCCGCAUAGCUGUUGCUGGAGGUGUUCUCUUCGUUCUCUCUGGUCUGUGCACACUGGCUGCCGUGUCGUUGUAUGCCACACAGGUGACCUAUGAGUUCUUCAGAGAGAGCACCAUCCCCAUACACACUAGGUACGAAUUCGGCUCUGCUCUCUUCGUGGGCUGGGGGGCCGCCAGCCUCUCCAUGUUGGGGGGGUCCCUCCUGUGCUGCUCCUGCCCUGCCAAGGAGCACCGAGGACAGCAGUACCAUCAGCAGUCACAGCCCUCCACAGCCCGCGAGUUUCAGCACCAUUUUCAGUGCCAGCCUCUGAAGUAGAGGUUUUAAGUGUCACACCUGUCAUAUCCAUCAUUGCUGUGUUCUGCUCAGCUGGGCGGGGUGGUACCCCCAGCCCCACAUCAUGGCCACGCCAUCUCUGUCUGUCACAGGGAUUCUCUGGGGGUGGUGCAGGGAGGUGAUGCCAGUGGCAAAGGGGCACAGAGCCAAUUGGCCAAUCCCACAGGGAUUGUACCAUGGCCACUCCUCUCUCACAUCCUGGUUUCAGGAGUAAGUGGGGAGGAAAGCCAGAGUUUGGUUUUCCUUGGAUGAGGUUUUUACUUCUAACAGCACCAGCCCAACUUGGGGUUCAAGCAUCCCUACAUCCCGUUCUUGGCAGAGGAAUGCUUUUAGGAUGCAGCAUUGCCCUUCCUCAUUGCUACUGGAAAGCAACAGUUUAAAAUUAUUAUUAAUUAUUAUUCAGUUUAAAAUUAUUAUUAAUUAUUAUUGAUUCCUUCCUGGAGGCCAGUUGUUCCAGCUGAGCUCUGCCAGCCCAAACCUGCCUUGGACUCAUUCCUGUCCAGGACCGGGCUGUGCCUUGUUAAACAAUGAAUGGGUUUCAGCAAAUUAAAGCAGCAAAAAGAGGGUCUGAACAUAAAUUAUUUGUUUUUGGUUACAGAUGGACAGAGCCCUGAAUUUUGGUGCCUCCCUGCUGGGUCCAAAUCCCUCUUCCCCUGCCAAGAUCCCCUAGAGCAGACAGUGAAGGUUCCAAAUACAACCUGCUAAUUGCCUCCACCACUUUGUACCUCUAUUCUACUGCUACUAAUUGUUUUGCAACUGCCAAAGCUCCAAUUUCAUCUGUAAAUCCUCCAGAUUCUCUGUACUCCAUCCCUCCAGCCCUGCUGCAGUGUUGCGCCAACCAAGCCGCAGGGAAGAACACUGAAAAUUAUCCAAACAGCUUCAUAAUCUAUUUUUUAAUUUUAUCUUUAAACCCAAAUAUGAAGAGAAAGAUGAUUUUUUAAAAAUUUUGUGUUGCUCUAUUUUAUUUUGUUUAUUUUAUUUUGCUCUAUUUUGUUUUAUUCUACUUUUCUUGUUUUUAUUUUCUUUCCUUCUGUUUUAUUUCCUUUCCCUCUAUUUGAUGUUAUGCCCAUGCCCGGCUCUGGGUCCCUGGCUGUGCUGGAGGAGAAACAAUGCUGUUUUUUCCCCAAGGGGGCGCGUGAUUUCUCUUUCUCCCUGGCAUUAACUGCCUUUAUCUCUUUUAAGUUGCAGUCCCCCUGUAAAGCUGUCCUGCACACCUCAUGGGAGAGCAGUGCUUCUAGGCUGGCAUCAUCCAUCAGGUGCUGAACCCGGAUUUUGGGGUUCGAAAAACAACAACCAAAGCCACUGCAGUCAGGAUUGAAAAGGAAUCUUAUGCUUUAAAACAAACAAACAAAAACACCCCCCCCCAAAAAAAAAAAAACCAAAAAACACAUACACACACUAAAAGGGCCUUUUCUUUUUAUAUUUCAGUGUAAAUGAAAUUUAUAUUAAUAGAAUAAAAAACAUUCUUAACUUUC